AUGAAAUAAAGUAGCAGAAAGUCAAUUAUGAGCUUAAGUGUUGAAGCGCAAAAAUAAAUUAUUAUAAAAGAAUUUUAGAAGCUAAAAGUUUCUUCAACUUAGAAGCUGAACAAGGAUGAGUUAUUUUAGAUUUUAGAUAAAAAACUAGGAAAAUAGUAUGAUAGAUCUAUAGCAAACCAGUUAAUUGAUAAAUUAGAUACAGAUGAGGAUGGAAAAUUCUAAGCCAGCCAGUUUUUUAGCAUAGUUAUUGAAGCAAGCCAAACCCUGCAAGAUAAAAUAGAGUAAAAUAGAGAUUUUUUACAGGAGCUAACUUAAAAGAGGAAAAAUGUCUACAAAAAAUAUGAAGAAGAAAUGCAAAAAGAAAAGAAAAAUGAGUAUAAUAUUAUGGAAGGAUCGAUAUUCUCAAUCAAGCCAAUUAAAAUUCUUUCGAUCGAUAAAAAAAUUAUGAAAGAUGAAGAUAGAACAUAUCUUAAGGAAGAAUAUUAUGUCAAAGUUAUUUGUGAUAAAUACAGCGACAAUGUAGCUUGGGAUUAAACAUCUUCUUUUCCAAUUAAAACAUCUACAGAAGAUAUUUUUGUUGCUCUAUUUAAAACUGAUGGAGAUGAGCCAGUAGCAAAAACAGAUUUAAUUCAGUUAAAUGGAUUGAGGGAUUAAAAAAAAGUAUAGAGUGAUGUUUAUAUGAACUCUUUUGAUGGCAAGAAAAAACAAUUCUACUAAAUUUAGCUAGAGCUAUAAUGGAUUCAUUCAAAAACUGAGAUAUAUGAAGAAAUUAUUUAGGACUGGGAUAAUUAAAUAAGGCAAAAUGAAGAGGAUUUAAAUGGCUACUAAAAUGAUCUUAUUAUUUUAUUGGAACCUUUUCCUGGGCUUUCUUCUAUAAUUAAAUAAAUGGAAAGUUAACAAGAAAACUUUCAAUUUGAGUCAACAAGUGGUAUGAACUUAAACACUAGAGAACUCAAAAAUAGAAACUCUUUUACAUACGAUUCUAAUAUUUUAAUUCCUUCUUCUCAGUAGAGCAUAUAGGUUCAAGAUGUGUUCAAAACUUUAGGAUAUUCAAAUUUUGCAUAUAUGAUAAUGGCUUUAAUACUGUCUUAUGAGAGAGUCCUAACGUUAGAUAUGCUUAUAUGUAUGAGCUAUUUCAUUGAGAUAUACACUAAAGGCGAAUAUAAUGUUAAUAAUUUUAAAUCAUAUUCAUUAGUCACAAUUGCUUCUAUAACAUUUGAUAUCAUUUGGCUUGUGCUUUUCACAGUCAAAUGGUGGUCUGAUGAAAUACCUAAUUAAAAUCUAUAGAGAGCAGUUGUUGUUUUAAGCUGUAUUUAUUUAGCACUUAAAAUUUAUUUAUCAUCACUAUACCUCUAUCUAUACAGAGAUUACAGUAAAAAUCCUGAACAAAAGCUUUAAGAUAAUAUGACUUUUCAUUCUUCACCAAAAGCUUCUUUUGCUAUCUAAGAAAAUAUAGCUGUUCCUGGUAUUUGA